AUGGCUUCCGACGCUGCAGUUUCAAGCAUCAAGGUUAUGAAUCAGGAUCUUGUCAAGUUGGAUCUCUUUGAUGGAACCAACUACACCAGAUGGCAAGACAAGAUGACAUUCCUACUCACUGCCCUGAAGGUUCACUAUGUCUUAGAUCCUUACUUAGCACCAAUUAUUGAACCAUUAGAAAAUGAAUCUGAAGAAGUUAAGAAAGAGCGCAAGAAACGUGAGGAGGACGAACUGUUAUGUCGUGGAAAUAUUUUGAAUACGCUGUCUGAUCACCUCUAUGACCUCUAUACGGAUAAUCCGUCUGCAACAGAAAGCUGGAAAGCGCUCAAAUUCAAGUUCAAGGCCGAUGAGGAAGACUACAAGCCCAUUCUUCCCCAAGUGCAUGAGUUGCAAGUCCUCGUGAAUAAAAUAAAAACGGUGAAAAUAGACAUCCAUGAGACCUUUCAAGUCGGUGAAAUCAUUGCAAAAUUUCCACCUUCGUGGAAAGGUUACAGAAAGAAAUUGUUGCACAGUUCUGAGGACUUCUCUUUGGAGAAAAUCCAGAAACAUCUUCGAAUCGAGGAGGAAUCGAAGGAGGGGGAGAAAUCAGAAUCUACGGGUCUUUCUGAAAUUCUAGUUAUCAGACUUUAG